GGAGAACCGGAAACAACUGGAAUACAGUGCAAAUCUCAGAUAAAAUGACAACUAUCAAAUAGCAGAAUAAAAACUCCACACAAAACCAAUGUAUGAUGCCCAUGAAUAGUCCCAAAGACAACCAUUCCCACAACACCUCUUCAUCAACCAUUUUAAUCAUAAAACAAAUCUUGUCAAAGCAAACAGCUCAUAACAUCACAGAAGAUCUCAUCAACAAAGUUCUGUACUUUGUUGACAACUCCAUCAACAUGUCCUCCAGCAUCACGUCGUCUGAUUAUGAAAUUUCCACCACGAUGUCGUCAUUAUCACCGAAAAAUGACAGUAGUGACAGUGUGAGUGAAUCGUGGUUUUGUGGAAGUACUCUCCAAUCGUGGGCCACAGUGUACGCUAAAGUGUAUCACUGUCAUUGCGCUAUUGCAGUGUGUCUGUUUGGAAUUAUCACAAACUCCUUCAAUAUCAUAGUGUUGACAAGGAAAGAUAUGGCGUCUGCUCCGAUUAACAGGAUUUUAACUGCUCUGGCAUGGGCAGACAUGCUUCUCAUGAUGGAGUACAUCCCGUUUGUGUACUACUACAAUGUGCUAACUGAAGAGAACAAGGAAUUUCCGUUUUAUGGAGCCGUUUUUAUUAUGAUACAUAACCAUUUCUCUCAGAUAAUGCACACUACCUCCAUAUGUUUGACUUUGGCGUUGGCAAUUUGGAGAUAUCUAGCUAUUGGACACAUGGAGAAGAACCACAUCCUCUGCUCACACAAGCGCUGCACCCGCGCAAUCAUAGCCUGCUUCAUUCUGCCUGUAUUCCUCUGCCUGCCCCAAUAUCCAACCCUACAAAUAAAAAGCAUCGUCAUCACAGAAGACGGCAUAGACUACACCCUAUACCACGUCCAACUGAGCGACUUAGUAGCCCCGGCCAAGAACAUUACCGACGCAAACCAGGACCAAACGCUUCUGAAAGUAAAUUUCUGGUAUUUCGCAAUCUUUCUAAAACUUCUCCCUUGUCUCAUCCUGAUCGUUAUAAGUUUGUGGCUGAUAAGAGCUGUGAUUAAAGCCAAAAAAGGCAGGCAAGUCCUGAAAAGCCAAGAUAACAAUUUCCUAAUAACGCCUCAAAGAGAUCAUGGAAAGAAAUCGACUAAGUAUGAAAGACGGGCUGAUAGAACAACAAAAAUGCUCGUGGCAAUCCUAGUUCUUUUCUCGUUAGUUGAGAUGCCACAAGGAUUGUUUGCCCUGGUCAUAGGGCUGAAGGGCAAAGGGUUGUUCAUGAAUUGUUACCAGCACUACGGUGAAAUCAUGGAUAUUAUGGCUUUGAUGAGUGGGUCAAUUAAUUUUCUACUGUACUGCUGUAUGAACAGGAUGUUCAGGAUAACGUUUGGGCAGUUGUUCAGGAAUAAAAUUUUGAGUAGAUGGGUACAGCCGGGAGUUUCAGAUACACCAACUGUAUUGGUGGACGGACAUAAGGCAACCACAACGACCAUCGUGUAGAAACAACCAAAAUAAACAUGGACACAAUAAUAUUGUAAAUAUGUACAUAUGCUGUAUUAUAUUAAAAUGUAUAUUUGUAUUUUAUUAAAUUCCCUGUUUACAUUGUAUCCUAUUGUUUUCUUUAUACCAAAAUUAAUAUAAUAAGCAAAUAUUGUAAGCAUGUUUGUAGUUAUAAUAUAAAAUAAUUUCAAAUAAAAUAAUGAAAAUAUGUUAUUCAUAUACAUACAUGUCAAUUUGUUCAGAGAAAGG